AUGGUGUUCGAUAGACUGAGAGGAAUCGAAAGAGAAAAUUUGCCUCUUUCGCGGCGACAAACUGUUAACGAUCAGGAAACUGAAGCUCAGGAAAAUAUUUUGUCCUCCGUUGAUAGAAAAACGCCCAAAGAACACCAAAUAGGUGAGUGAUUUAGACAUAUUUAGUCAAGAACGUCUGAUAACUCCAUGGUCAAUGGGCCUGUAGGCUUGCUCCAAAAUAACCAGCGUUCAAGUCAUUCAAUGAAGUAUAGUUGAAAUUAAUUAAAUGAUCUUACUUGAAAUGAAAAUAAUGCAACAGUAAUUCGAUUAACGAAAUCGUUAAAGCGGAAUAAAUUUAUGUCAAUAAAUGUUUUGGCAUCCAAUCGACUGUAAAACAUCAGCCAGGUUAAAACUUCUGCACACAUAUUACAAUAAUAUUAUAAGAAUAUUAUAAGAAGUAGGUUAAUGUUAUCAUAUGUAUUCAGCUCCGGCCAGAACGAGUUAAAUCAAAUUGAAAUGUCCAAAACCAUAAAUGAAGAGCAUAGAAACAGGAGCCAUUUUUCUAUUUUGUUCUAAACGCUUAGGCUUAAAUAACUUUUUUCAGCGUUGUCAAACGUUGUGCUUCUACUAUGCCAAACUCAUUUUAUAAGUUAUAAAUGCAUUAAACCGGCUUUUACAUUAUGUUUUAUUUCUGACAGAAGGUAUUUUAUUUGACUGAAUUUGUCUGAAACCAAGUCAUGCCACUGUUGAGCCAGCUUAGAACAAUAAUCAAUUCAUAGGUUUCUUAAACAUAGCCAAAAAAAUAUGUUCUGAUGUGGCAGUUUACAAUGAAUGUCAGCCGUCAAAACUAAAACGUCAGAAGGUGUCAGGAUUCCUCAGCAGGUUUCAUUCACUAGCCCCCUGAUGAGCUUUGGCAAUGGUCAUGGCGCCUGUUCAAGUGAUAAAAUUUUGUCUCACUAUUUCAGCUGAUUUGCUUUACAAAAUUUAGAUAUCCCACCAAAGGGCUGGGUUAGAAGUUCAGAUUGAGACUACAGCUGUUGAGGGUUGGGACAUGAUGUUGGAUUUCUAAAGUCCUCCUUUAAUUAUCUUCCCCUCACAUGAUGAAAUUGUUUUACACUGUGGAUAAAAUAUUAUUCAUUUAUACAAUAUUACCACCAUCUGAACUGCUAACCAUGUGGCUAAAUUAUAGUAUUAAUGUUAUUGUGAUAACUUGUUUUGACAGAAAGCUCACAAAGACUUGUUGGUUUUGCUAUUGGAACAGGAAGGUAAUAAAAUGAGGAAGGAAAGAUAAAUGCAGGAGUUUUCUUUACAUGAGUUAUACUGCCCCCAAAUCUUCUUCUCAUGAUAAUGUGUGUGUCAUGUGUCUUUCUUUCUUAGUAUUUUAGCUGCUCAGUUUCUGACACAUCCAUUCACAGUCUUUAGAAGACAAUGCCAGGUACUUGUUUACUACUUCUUUUAGCUAAUAAGUGCCUGUCUGCCAAGCAGGAGCUGGCUGCCAAUUCAACCCUGGCCACACCAACAUUCAGGGUCCUAAACCAAAUGAGAAGAAAGUGCUGCCUUUGUUAUAACAUUCGCAAACAGUUAGUAGGCGUGUUCCCCUGGGAAAUUUUUUGGAUUUUAACUCCCCAAGUCCCCUUUCCAGGGUUUCUGACUCAUUCAGACAGGAUAUUUACUAACUGUCCAAACCAUUUUUCAGAUUUUAACUUGCAAAGUUUAAAGUUUUUUACCAAAAAUAUAUUCAUCAUGAAAAAUCUGACCAAUUUGUAUAAAAUUGUGGAAACUGGUAUGGAUCUGAACCUGGUUAGGCUUUCUAGUGUACUUAAUUUCGCAGGAUAAACUAUUAAGGUCUUGUCUCAUAACCCUUGCAUACAUGUAUAAAUUCUGUAUGAGGUUAAACAACCGACAAGCUUUUGGUAAAGAGUAGAGGGCACAGUUCCUGGGGCAGUGAUCUAUCUCAAAUUCAUAUUCUGUAAUUUAGCAGGACAUAACCGGGAUUACCUCAUAAAAAAUAGUAAACUGUGGCACAAGCAGCCUGGAAAAAGUUCUCUAACAAGUAUUGUAAAUUAUCCAUGAAAAGCUCCAAAGGGGAGUGGAUAAUUUAUUAUAACUACAUUAUUGCAAUAUAUUAACAAGUCACUGUCUAACUAUAAAGAGGCCAAACUUCCCAAAGCAUUGCUCUUGUUCCAAUCUCUCCAAGUUUGAAAUGGAUCUACACCUUCUCAAUUGUCUUCAGUGUUUUUAUCCAGAUCGGCAGUAACUAUAAGCUUUGAACUGUAGACUACUGCAGACUUUCUGCAUAUUUUAAAGGUGCCUUUUUCUGUGUUAACCCUGUUCUGACCUGCACUGUUUCUUUUUCAUUUUGUGUGUAACAGGUAAAUCAUGGAGCCAGAAAGUAUCACCUGUCUCCAUUCACCGUUUUCCAGAUACUUCUCAGGGUCAAAAGAAAUCAGGUAAAGAAUUGUUUUAAAGUAUGUAACUAUGAUGUAAGUACCUUAAUGAAUACUCAUGUGAUUAGUUGUUUCAAACGUUAUAAGUCAUGUCAACUUUUGCACUGUUUCAGAGCUAUGGUGCAUUAUGGAAGGGUUGUGGUAGUACAUAUGUUGUGUGUGCUGUUAACUUCUUCAGUGAGGCAGGCAUCAGUAGUUUGACUCAUCUACCCCAGUAAGUAAAACAUGCAUUUGCACUUAAUAAUAUUUGAAUCUGCAAGAAGCAGCUCUUCUGGUAACUUGCGAUAUGAAGCCAAAAGUGUCUUUCAAUAGGGUAAAUUGUAUUGUUCUGAAAUAGCUGACCAGACGUAAGAGUAUUCAAAAUCAAGUAGAUAUCCUAGCCUCCUUGGUGGAUGUUCUUGUUGCUCAUCAUAGUUAACAUUACAGUAGAUAAUUAUUUAUUUUCAUGUGGAUGGCAUUUUGAUGAAACUGAUAAGGAUACCUGUUAGCGACAAAGACCAUGCUUGGAAGUCUGAGUUGCCUGUCUCACUGACUGAAAAAAACAACAUCCUUAUCAGAGCUAAAAAAAAACUUGAAUCCCAGCUUAGUGCAAAUAUACCCCUGAUUGCACAACUCAGAUUUUUUCCUUUCUAAGGUGCCUUUGUCAACUAUAAAAGCAACAUUUUAAAAUCCAAAUUACCCUUUAAAAGCUCUUAAUUUUAUAGCACAAAUAGGCUGGCCAUCAUGAACAUUUUGUAAUAUGAAUGUACUGUAAAAGGAGGCUUUUGAAAAGUCAUGCCAUAGGAAUUGCAAUGUUUAUGUUCAAGUCCCUGGGAUGAAGUAAUAAUGAUUAUAGUAUUAACACAUUUGUUCUUAAUUUUUAACAUCUAGGGAUGCUCCUAAUCGUAAAAGUUCUUGUAAGGAUGUAGGGGGCCAUCUUCUCCUAAAAGGGUGAGUAUCCUUGUCUUCAGAUUGUGUACAGUGUAAUAAUAAUAUAAAACUGUUUAAAAGGAAUUAUAUUUGACUAUGUGUAAGUAGGAAAAAAGGCAAGAAGUCAAAAGAGGUAAGGACCUCUUAGGAAGGCGGCGUCUGAGAUGCUAGCUAUCAUCAUAUUGUUGGUAUCUCAAUGAUGAAAUGAAUUUUGUGGUUUUGGUUUUUCUUUUUCAGUUUAAGUUUGGCCAUCAGUAUGCCGGUUGCAGCCACAAGCUUGACAGAAACAGUGAAGGUAAAACUCUCUUUCUCAGUGUGGAGUUUUUAAUAAUGAUAAAUAAAUUGCAAGCUUGCAGCCUCCAAUAAUAGAUCUACACUCAUUAUGAAAUGGAGCAAGUUAAUUGUGAACGUGUAAUCUUAUAACAAUAACAGUUGAUUGUGUUUGGAGAUCCUCUGAUAAGUACAUGUAUCUUUUUGUUUUAAUGACAGGCAACAUAAAAGAUUUAUUUUUAUAAAAAAAUAUUUCUUUGUAUCAAUAACUAUUACUUAACCAGUUAUAUCUAUGGUAACUUUUCAAUUCAGCAUUUCUUUUUUUGAGAGUGUAGGAAAGUUGGCAGAUGCCACAGCAAAAAAAGAACUUCUGAUCUAUUAAUGUAGCUUUCAAACCCAGACAUAUUUCCAGUCAUUGCUUUCCUCCUCCCAGAGAUGAGUAGAAACAGUGGCGGAUCCAGGGGAGGGGCCGCGGAGGCCCGGCGGCCCCCCCUUAUUUUGAGUCCAAACUGAGGCCCAAAGGGCCAAAAAAAAUUUCUUGAAGACCGCCCCCCCCCCCCCCCUUAUCUCAGGGUCUGGAUGACCGCCCGCCCUCUUUAUCUGAAGGUCUGGAUCUGCCACUGGGAAAUACAUCUGCGUUUGCAGCAUACCAUUAAUGAUGUAUUGCCUCUUGCAGAGUGACCUCACACGUGAUCAAGACAACAUGCUAGACAGCUUAAAGGACUGGAUGUACCGUGUUGUUGGCUGGGAUAGGUCCUCAGGUCGCCAUGGCCGUCUUCUACCCAUGUGGACCCUGAUAUUACCCACAGUGCUUCACGGUCUGCUAACCUACAUUCUGGGCACCUUGAUCCAGCACCUGGUACUGAUUAAAAUGAAGGGAAGAGGUCUUAGUUUGUCACGUGAUCAGCAUCCUACGUCAUCUGACGACGAACCUCCAGAUUCCACAGACAUGACACAGACAUACUACCCAGAGCUUGUAGGCAAUUUUCUUGCACUGUUCAUCCCGGAAAUUUUGUUAUAUCCACUGGAAACAGUUCUCAAUCAACUGUAUGUUCAGGGCACGAGGACCAUCAUCGAUGAUUUAGACACUGGUAGUGGUGUUGUGCCACUAUGCACCAACUAUGGUGGUGUAUUUGACUGUUUUCGUUCCAUUUGGAGAGAUGAGGGUCUUGGAGGGUUUUACAAGGGUUUUGGCGCUUUGUUAAUCCAGUUGUUUAUUCACUGGUUCAUUCUCAAACUGACUCAGUUUGUGUACAGAGAGAUGUCCCAGGAUUUUAAGGGCAAAUAACUCGGCUGGAUUUAGAGAAUGUGUUUAGAAGUUAUCAAGGGAACUCUUUUAUUACUGGCCUCUGCUUGUCUUAUAUGAACGCAUCUUUUGUGAUAUCGGCAAGUUUCAUCUUUAAGUGACUUUUUACGAGAGUAUGAAAGUCGUGCUACGUUUACAUGACGAGAGUACGGAGAAAUUUAAGUAUCACGUGUACAACAAUGGGCACAGAUGACUACGCGAUCAUGAAAAGGGAGGACUGUAGGAAGCUAUGGGCGAGGGUGUGUCGCUGUAACCCUAAAACCCGUGGCAUAUAUAUGUCAUAGCCAUGUUCAAUACACUUGAGUCAAGUCGACCUCUGGAGUUUAACUGCAGAAAAGCUGUAAACCGAGUGGAGCGAGCUUUUUAGGCUGUAUAAAGUAGGACGAAGGCGCCAAAAAUCAUUAUGAACCAGAAAACUCCAAGUUUUCAUGAGCUUUCAUGUCAAUGAUUCUUUUUUCCGUAGAUGACGGCCUUUUCACUAGCUUUUUAUUUCCUGUCCCAGAUUAAACGACUUGAAAACCACAUCCUUCUCAGCGGCACAUCCUUUAUGGUCCAUUUCUGGCAGUACGCUUCCCCCC